AUUUACUUAUGAAGCAUAACGCAAAAAUUAGACGGUGUGGUCAAGUGGUGUGUAAUCAGUGUUCUCCUACACGAGCCAUGAUGUCACCUGAACAAGUCGUCACUCCAUCCGGAAAAAGUGAAACAAAGGAGUCUUUACAACGUGUAUAUAGUUCAUGUGCAAUUUCCGAUAAACGUUCCCAUGAAUAUUAUGAAGAAGCUAAGGAACGAAUAGAUAACGAUGCGACAAUUACGGUAUCCGAGUCCCCAGAUUUUCAUGACUUAUUUUGGGUUGAAUUUGCAAGUGAACUUAAAUGA